UGGGCUCUUUAUUUACUCUACUUACUUUUGCAGUAUUAGGGCAGUGAGCACAGAAGAAAUCCAUACAGUGCAUGUUGUUCAGAUUUCAGCCUGAAAGGAUUUGGCCUUUAAUAAUCCUGUUGAAAAAAAGAGAAUUUACAUUGGAACAGAACAUGUACAAAGUUAUAAAUGGGUUGACACAAUUUGUUAAAUCUGCUUUAAUUUCAUGCAUCAGAUCAGAUGUUAUCCUACUUAAAAAAGUGAAAAAAAUCAGUUUUGCUGUCAAUGUUCUCUCUACAUUCAACUUGCAUAAAAAAUACACUAACGUCUGCUAAACUUAAGCCCAUGAAUGUAUUAUGUCAAAUGCAUGUUCUCGAUUAGCUUGGUUAAUCUUCUUGCAAGUCUUUCACAUUGAGUUGUUGAGUGAAAAAAAGCUGAGUUGUUAUGAUUGCGAACAAAGCCCCUUCAGCUGAUUGACAGUAUAUAAACCAAGAACUUAGCCUCAGUCAUGAGACUUGCAGCAGCAGCAGUAGCAGCCCUCAGCAGCACCUCAACAACAUGCUGAACAUCAGUGAGCUGCCUCUGCAGCUCCUGCCCUUCAGGGCCUCAGACCGGCUGCUGCAGCCUCUUUGGGACUACAUGCUGCUUCACCACCGGCCUCUCAUCUCAUCUCCUUUUUUCCCAGUACUACUUGCCUUCUCCAGCUACUUGUUCUUCAGCAUACCUUUUGCUGUACUGGAUAUCUUGGGAGAUAGGGUGCCUUUCUUCUAUCAGUACAAGAUCCAGCCAGACAGAAAGCCAACACUGGGUAUGAUGGCUAAGAGCUUCCUGACAGCACUGUAUAACCACAUAUUCUUUGUUCUGCCAACUGUCAUAAUCGGUGUGUUUAUACUGCCUUUACCAACACUACCACAGGAUGCUCCCACUCUGUAUGAGGUAUUUGUUGAUGGACUGGCUAUGCUUCUGCUCUUUGACACUCAGUAUUACAUUUGGCAUUUCAUACAUCACAAACACUCACAGCUUUACCGAUGGAUUCAUGCAAUCCACCAUGAAUACAUGGCACCCUUCUCUUGGUCGACAGAGCAGCUCAGCAUCCCUGAACUCAUGACUGUGGGACUCUGGAGCAACCAGGACCCUAUUAUUUUGAAAUGCCAUCCUUUAACCACAUGGUUCACCACCGUUUUCAGUCUCUGGAUGUCUGUAGAGGAUCACAUAGGCUACGACCUGCCCUGGGCUCUCAACCACUUGGUGCCAUUCGGUCUGUUUGGUGGUGCUCCGGCCCAUGACAUGCACCACCAGAAACCGAGCAGCAACUAUGCUCCUUUCUUCAGCCACUGGGACCGAAUCUUUGGCACUGCUGUCCCUCUGAAGAAGAAAACUUUGAAAAAAUUCUAGAACGUGUAAAGUUUCACAUUAGUGUAAAUAAGUUGUGUUGUAGCACUGUUUACAUGUAUAUACAGUAUUUUUGCUGCUUUGCUUCAGUGUCAGUAGAGUUUACUUUGCUAAAUCACGGUGAACAACACCAAACUGAAAGAUGUAUUUUUAUGGCUUUUCAUUUAAUAAAAGAUGUUUUAAAAUAUCAAACUGUUUCAUUCAA